AUGGCGGAUGACGACGCUAGCCAUGGCAGCUUGCAAGUCAUCGUGGCUUCCACGGCGAAAAUGAAAGUUGCGGCUGUAAUGCGCCUGUUCGCCGAGGGCGGGGUGGCUUGUCAGCCUGACAGAGAGCUUGUGAUUGAAGGAGUCAAAGCGAAGAGCGGCGUGAACGACCAACCUUUUGGCCACGAAGAGACCAUUCGUGGGGCCCUGAACAGACUGGCUCAUGCCCAGCAGGAAAGACCCGGGGCCGAUUUCUAUUUGGCGAUGGAGAACGGCCUCUUCGACAUCGCCACGGGCGGGACCGCGCUGGUCUUCGACUUGGCCUGGGUUGUGAUCGAGGACAAGUCUGGUCGCAGGGCCCUGGCACACUCGGCAGGCGUGCAGAUGCCCAAUUGGGCCGUGGAUUCGUCCAGGGGAAGCUCCUUCUCAACAACCGCCGGCGGUGAGGUGGCCCGAGCUGCCACAACGGCAGGACAGGAAGUCGAUCCACAGGAUCCUCAUGCCUUUCUCACCUCCGGCCUUUGCAAGCGAGAGGAUCUAUUGACCAGCGCCCUCGCAGUUGCCUGGGGACAGCUGAAGUUUGAAAUGGAAUCAGCUUGA